AUGGAUAGUGCAGACUUUGAGAAAAUUGAAGCUGGUAAACUUAGCAAGGGAUCUCUCGUCAUGAUCAAUGGAAAUCCAUGCAAAGUCGUCAAGACUUCGAAGGCUAAGCCUGGAAAACAUGGAUCCGCCAAGAUGAUUGUUGUUGCCGUUGGCAUUUUGAAUGACAAGAAGGUAGAGCAAUCCUUCGGAACUUCUGACCUCUUAGAUGCCCCUAUUGUCAAGAGAGUUGAGUACCCUCUCUUGGGAAUUGACGAUGAGUACUUGCAACUUCAGGAUGAAACUGGAGAGCAAAAGGAUAACAUAAAGUUACCUGAAAGAGAUACUUUGAAGAACGUCAAGGAUCAAAUCCUUAAGUUUGACGAGGAAGAAAUUCAGUGUCUCGUCAUGGUCAUGAAAUGCAUGGGUGUCGAAGUGCCAAUCGCUGUCAGAGAAGACAAGGACAGCGAUGAAAAUUAA